CUUUAGGCGUGCAUUACUGACCCUAAUUUUUCUAAUCGAAGCUCUUAAGGUUUUCUCCUUUUUUUCGCUGAGCUUUAUUGCGAUGCACAGGACGAGCAUUGAGGGGACGCCAGGAAUACGUAACACGGUGCAAUCUCAUGAGGCUGCGCUGCCCUCCCCAUCGGUGCCUCGCUCCCAAAAUUCUUUAUCAUUUCGGGCGGCAAGGACGCCGGUUGAAGUGGAGUCCACACGGCUUCCGGACAACGCCGUUGACCCGAAUUCCCUUCUCCACCAGCUGGAGUGCCAGGCUCCAAGUGAAAGCCACAAUGGCUCCCUUGGUGGCGCAGUAGUCCAGCAAGAGAUGUUGCAACUCUCUGUUCCAGGUGUUGUGGUGUGGAGGAGGAAUGACCCACAUGGUAUCGGCCCCAACCCUGUGCCACCCACCCUGUGCACUGCAUGUUGUUUACGUAUCAGGGGACUUGGGCCAUGUGGCUGUGGAAGUAGGUUGACGUUAAGCUUUGGUGAUAAUGCUCAGUCGAAAGAGGGUACUCUUGAAGCCUCCUUUGAUUUCAAAGAUAGAAUUGAGCUUUGUGGGAUGUGCAGGGGUGAAGUCAGAUCCUGUGGUCGCAGCCUAGCCUUUCAGGACUGGUGAAGUCUGUCUGGGAUGUCUUGAAAGGCAUGAAGAUGACAAUGGGCAAUUUCGUUUUUUGUUACACCAUGAAAGUUCCUCUUAUUUUUUCAUUCAUGUGGGAAAUUUUGUUAUAGUACUCUUAACUAAUAAUAAAAAUGACCUUUAAAA